CAAGCUUGUUGCACUUCCAAAGCAUCUCCCAUAGCAUCCUUAGCUUGGUUCUAUUUGUCCAUUAUUUCUUCACCAUGAGUCUGAGAAGCAAGAGGAUCAGUUCAAGCAGUUCUGUAAGGAGCAGUGGGAAGCUUGGUGGCUAUAGUGGCUACAACACUGGGUUUAGCACAAUGUCCCUUGGAGCUUUGUCACCUGGCUUCAGCACCAGCAGCACCUACUUGGGUGCCCCCAUAGCCAGCAUCUCUAUCAACAAAAGCCUGCUAGCCCCCCUCAACCUGGAGAUCGAUCCCAACAUCCAGAUGGUGCGCACUCAGGAAAAGGAGCAGAUGAAAUCUCUAAACAACCGCUUUGCCUCCUUCAUCGACAAGGUGAGGUUCCUGGAGCAGCAGAACAAGAUCCUGGAAACCAAGUGGGAAGUUUUGCAGAGUCAGACUCCUGGCAGAUCUAACAUUGAGCCCAUGUUUGAGGCCUAUAUGGCCAACCUGCGUAGGCAGCUUGAUGUGGUCAACAAUGACAAAAUCAAGCUGGAUGGAGAACUCAGAAACAUGCAGGGGCUGGUGGAAGACUUCAAGCACAAGUACGAGGACGAGAUCAACAAGAGAAACAACCUAGAAAAUGACUUUGUGAUUCUGAAAAAGGACGUAGACUCUGCAUACCUGGUGAAAGCUGAUCUGGAAGACAAAGUGGGUGCUCUGACUGAUGAGAUCAACUUCCUCAAGACUAUUUACGAUGAGGAGUUGCGUGAGAUGCAGGCCAGCAUCAAGGACACCUCUGUCAUAGUGCAGAUGGACAACUCCCGCAACCUCAACAUGGACCAGAUUGUGGCUGAGGUCAAGGUUCAAUAUGAGGAGAUCGCAGCCAAGAGCCGUGAAGAAGCUGAGGCCUGGUACAAGUCUAAGUAUGACCAAAUGGCCAGCCAGGCCACACAGUAUGGGAAUGAGCUGAGGAACACCAAGGCUGAGAUUGCCGAGCUCAACCGCAUGAUCAGCCGUCUGCAAAGUGAAAUUGAGUCCAUCAAGGCCCAGCGCACUAACAUGGAGAACCAGAUUGCUGAGGCAGAGGAGCGUGGUGAGCUGACCGUGAAGGAUGCUAAAGCUCGCAUCCACGACCUUGAGGAGGCACUGCAGAGAGCCAAGCAGGACAUGGCACGCCAGCUGCGGGAAUACCAGGAACUCAUGAAUGUCAAGCUGGCACUAGACAUUGAGAUUGCCACUUAUAGGAAGCUGCUGGAGGGCGAGGAGGACAGAAUCGGACAGCAGGCUGUUGUCAACAUUCAAUCCAUGCCAAAUUACAGCUCCAAAGGAAUGAAUGGCUCCCAGCAGUUCAGCUCUCCAUCCCCUAAACUACUGAUCAAAACUACUGAGGUUAGAGACAACACCAGAUUCAGCACAAAUUGAAGUGUCAAUAUAAAGUAUUAUAUCAAAUAACUUAAAGAAAGUGCUGUAAAACUAACUGUAGGCUCAUUUUAUGUUAGAAAUGUUACAAGAAACUAUAUCU